AUGAUAUCCCUGUUGAACGAAGAGAACGCACCCAAUCCAGUCUAUCAGAACUGCACCGGGUUGUCUAAAGUUGAACUUAAGGACAAACUUUCCGCAAUUGAAUACAAGAUAACGCAAGAGAAAUUCACCGAAAGACCCUUUUCAGGCAAGUAUGUGCGAGAAUUUUCACCGGGCAUCUAUCAUUGUGUUGUUUGUGACGCACCUCUUUUUGACAACGCAUCGAAGUUUUAUUCGGAUUCCGGUUGGCCGUCGUUUUCCAAUGUGUUGAAACGCCAAGAUGUCUAUCUUCAGGUGGAUACUUCUUCAGGCAAGUUUACCCAUCAGCCGACCUGGUGUGGUCACUCUGCUGUGUUGUUAUCUUGGUGA